UUUCCGCGGUAUCUGUCUGUUUGGACUAUACAUUGUUGUCAUAUUUUGGUCGCUAACAGCGCUUAUUCGCAAAAUACUUCUUUUUCAUCUCUUCUUUGUGGUUUAAGAAGUGCCUCAAGGAGAAAAAAUUAUGGCCGAGUCGAAUGAAACAGUAUAUUUUGCAUCUGAAGAUAGCAAUACCGGUCAUCUUUCUCACAACAUAAAUAGCUACGCGGAGUGUGAAGCCUCCCACUUAGGACAACGCCAAGGUGAUCGUCGUCAUACUUCACAAUCAAGACAUCCCCACAUAUAUACUACUCCUAAUUCUGAUAAUCCGUCAUACCAUACAUAUGAAAAAACAAGUCGGAGCUACGUUGGGCAAGAGAGUUCAUUAGACCUUUAUGUCACAAGCGGGCGUCAAACAAAAAGGGAGGUCAGAAGCAGUAAAAGCAGCACAGAAAAGUUAAUCGAGGAAUUUACAAUGUUAAAAUGCGAGGAACGAGAUGCAAAGGAAACCUACAUCAUAAAUGACCUUUUGAGGAAAUCUGAUACUGAAUCUCCAAUGUUGGAUGGACAACUUGAUGAGCUGGCAAUGUUGGCCUGCUGUGACAGCUCUCGCGUAGUGAAAAGGGCGCUUGAUGUUCUGCUAAAUGAAAUAUUUUUAAACAUUUCAGAUUUAUCGGUAGAUCGUUGUAAAAACAUAUUGCAAGCGGAAGAAGCUCUUCGUUCGAAGUUUUUAGAGUUCAUGAGAGUGGAUCGAUUUAAAGCAAAGUGCCAUAGGAUGACGACAUACGCUUGGCUAAUCACGUUAGUCCUUCUGAAGUUUGACGAACAGGAAUUUGCCAAACUCAAACCAAAGAUAAAAAUAUUUGACCAAAGUUUAGUUACUCUCAUGAAGCAAACAGGCAAGAACGAACAAAAUCUUUACCGGUAUGGCAUUUGUCUUGCAAGAGAAAGUAUCAAGCGAAUUCUUCAGUCUUCUCCAAAACGGAACGUGAAGGAAUCUAAUCUUACUUAA